GCUCAACCUCCAGGAGCCAGUUCCUGUGGGCAGUGUCUGGGGAGCCUGACCCUUGUGAAAAGACGAGCUCUUGCACAAGGCACCCUGCGUCUGUCGUCCACAAGGGAAGGGUGACAUGGAGCCUGUCGUGCUGCUCAUCCUGCUCACUGUCACAGAGCUGUCCCGAGCGCACAACACCACGGUGUUCCAGGGCACGAUGGGCCGGUCCCUGCGGGUCUCCUGCCCCUACAACUCCUUGAAGCACUGGGGGAGACGCAAAGCCUGGUGCCGCCAGCUGGGUGAAGAAGGCCUGUGCCAGCAAGUGGUCAGCACCCACCCUUCGUGGCUGCUGUCCUUCCUGAAGAGGCGCAACGGGAGCACGGCCAUCACGGACGACGCCCUGGGGGGCACACUCACCAUCACGCUGCGGAAUCUUCAAACCCACGACGCUGGCCUCUACCAGUGCCAGAGCCUCCAUGGCAGCGAGGCUGACACCCUCAGGAAGGUCCUGGUGGAGGUGCUGGCUGACCCCCGUGAUUACCAGGACCCUGGAGACCUCUGGAUCCCUGAGGGGCCUGAGAGCUUCGAGAAUGCCCAGGUGGAGCACAGCAUCUCCAGGAGCCUUUCGGAAGAGAGCCCCUUCCCACCCACUUCCAUCCUCUUCCUCCUGGCCUGCAUCUUUCUCAGCAAGCUUCUAGCAGCCAGCGCCCUCUGGGCUGCAGCCUGGCAUGGGCAGAAACAAGGGCCACCCCAGGCCAGUGGACCGGACUGUGGCCACAACCCAGGUUACCAGCUCCAAACUCUGACAGAGCUGAGAGACAUAUGAGAGAGGAGGACCCUCAGUGGAGGAGAGGUUCAGGAGAGGUCUGCACGGAUCACCCCAGCCUGCUGCACACUCGCCCCUUGGCCGCCAAGUCUCCUGGCUCUGCUUUGGUAAAAGGCCAGUCUCCUCUACCUUUCUUCCUUUGGCCCGUGGAAGCGCAUGCACGUAUGUGUGCACACGCAUGCAUGUGCACGCAUGGGAGGUGGGAAGGAUACCUCCAACUUCUGGACAUUGGCCAUUAAACACUCUCACAAAUAAA